AUGUCCCAGAACCCCCAGGCAGGAGGACAAAUACCCCAGCAGAACCUCGUGGAAGAGGCUGUUUUGAGAAGCUCCAGGGCACAGGAAUCCAAUGAGAAGGAAAAGCCACAGAGAUCUUGCGCAAGGAGGGGCUCCAAACCCAGGCCAGGGUGUUCUGAGGAGAAAAGACCCACCCAGUGCCAUGAAAGCAGCCAGAACUUCAGCCGGGGCUUGGACCGGGUGGUCCAUGAGCAGCUUCACGCUGGGGAGAAGCCCUACAAGUGCUUGGAGUGUGGGAAGAGCUUCAGCAAGAGCACCCGCCUGAUCCGUCACCAGCUGAUCCACACUGGGGAAUGGCCCUACGAGUGUGGGGAAUGUGGGAAGGGCUUCAGAGACAGCUCCAGCCUGAUCCAGCACCAGCGCAUCCACACUGGGGAGAGGCCCUACGAGUGUGGGGAAUGUGGGAAGAAGUUUUCACAGAGCUCCCACCUCCUCAGCCAUCAGCGAAUUCACAGGGAGGAGAGGCCCUUCCUCUGCCCCGACUGUGGGAAGGGCUUCAAGCACAACUGCACCCUCGUCAGGCACCAGCGCAUCCACGCUGGAGAAAGGCCCUACAGGUGCUUGGAAUGUGAGAAGAGCUUCAGCUCGAGCUCCCACCUGAUCCGCCGCCAGCGCAUCCACACAGGAGAGUGGCCCUAUGAGUGUUCUGAGUGUGGGGAGAGGCUUCAGAGCAGCUCCAGUCUCCUCAGGCACCAGCGGAUUCACACGGAGGAGAGGCCCUAUGAGUGUUCUGAAUGUAGGAAGAGGUUUCAGAACAGCUCCAAUCUCCUCAGGC